AUGAAGACUUUGAGAACCGUAUCUUUUCUUAUUUUCUUAAUCUACAUUAAAUGUCACACUCUUCAGAGAAGUUUACAGGAUGCAGCCAUGCAGCACCUUUACAGCCAGAAUUAUUUGGAGAAGAACUUAAGAGACAUGACCAGUAUUAUGGUUGCCCAGUUUCUUCAGAAAGCAACUUAUGAAGAAGUGCAAACCAUGGUUAAAGAGCUGCUAGAUCUUGCAGAGAAGUGCAAUGGCCUCAAGUCACAUGAGCCACCUUCAGAAUGCUCUCACCAAUUGAUGAUUACCUUCCUAGAACAUGUUUGUAACAACCGAGGAAUGGUUGACAAAUAUGGGUUUUCUUACUGUUGUGGUAAAAAUAACACAGCAAGGCACAAGUGCUUCCUGUCACAUAAAAAAGAUGAUGCUGGUUGCAGGGAUACCUUCCAAAUUCCAAAUCCUGACAUCUGUAAGACGGACAAAGAGAAUCGAGUGUCAGUGAAGGAGAGGUACAUUUAUGAAACUUCAAGAAAAUAUCCAUUCUUGUACGGGCCCACUAUUCUGACCAUGUCUGCUUGCUACGAGACGGCUAUUCAUUCAUGUUGCCAAGAAGAAAAUAAGACAGAAUGCCUCCAGAGAAAGCUAGAACCCAUCAGGAAGUAUGCCAGAGAAAUGUCUUUGAGGCAUCAUCAUGUAUGUGAGAUUGGGAUUAAAUUCAAUCACAGAGUAGCAAAAGCAGUGGAAUUAGUUCUGCUGACUAAAAAACAACCUAAAGCUAACUUUUCUGAAAUUGCCAAACUGGUCAGAUAUAUUAAAAAUUUACAUCAGACCUGUUGUGAAGGAAAUACAGUAGAAUGUGUGUUUGGUCGGAGCCAGCUUAUGAACUAUACUUGCUCUAAACAGGCUAUCUUAUCCAGCAAAAUUUCUCAGUGCUGUGAGCAGCCAGUUCCAUUUCGAGGAGAAUGCAUUAUCAACUCAGAAAAUGAUGACACACCUGACCUUUCUUUCCUGCCACUCAACAUGUUUACCGAAGACCAGUUUGUAUGCAAACAAUUUGCUGACAAGCAAGAUGACUUUCUACAAGAGUUUCUUUAUGAAUAUUCAAGAAGACAUCCAAAAUUGGCAGUUCCAGUAAUUUUAAGAGUGGAUGAAGUGUAUCAAAAUUUAUUGGGAAAAUGCUGCCAAUUACAAAACCCGCUGGAAUGCUAUAGCCGUGGGAAAGAGAUGUUCCAAAGAGUGGUUCAGGAAAGCCACAAGCAAGUAAAAAAUCACUGUGCUUUACACAAGAAAUUAGGAGAUAGUAACUUCCACAACAGGCUUCUAGUCCUUUAUACUAAGAAAGCCCCACAACUAUCUGCUCAAGAGUUGGUUGUGUUCUCAAAGAACAUGGCAGCCACUGCCACCAAAUGCUGCCCCCUGAAUGAUGAACAACAAUUUGCUUGUGUCGAGGACUUGACAAAGCUAAUUCUUGGAGAUAUAUGCAGAAGACAUGAGACUGAGCCUAUCAAUGCUGGCGUGGGUCACUGCUGUAAUGACUCCUAUGCCUUCAGAAAGCCAUGCUUUGAUGAUCUGCCAGUUGAUGGAACUUAUGUUUCUCCAUCUCUAUCCUGUGACAAAGUCAUCAGCUUGAAAGAGGACUUAUGCAAAGCUCAGGAGGAGGAGUUCCAAACUGAAAAACAAAAGCUCCUCAGCAACCUUGUGAAGCAGAAACCCCAUGCAGCAGAGAUACAGCUCCAAUCAAUUAUCACAGAUUUUACUCACCUGGUUGAGAUGUGCUGUCAAGCAGAGAAAAAUGAAAUGUGUUUUCAGAAAAAGUGUCUUCUUUCCACCGAAUAUAUUCAGCCUAACUGCACAUAA